AUGGGGGGUCCUUCUGCUGGUCCUCCUGCUCCUUUGGGAGCGGGGACCGCCUCCCCGUCCGCAAGGAAGGGGAAAGCGGGGACCAGAGGAGCACCGGUUUCGACCGGUCCCUCCUCGCCUGGCGUUAGCGGUUCUGCUGCUAAGCCAGGAUCUGGCUCGGCCUCUCGUUCGCGAGAGAUCCCGAGUGUACGCUCUCCCCCGGGAGACCGUACAGCCAAAGCUUUGGUGCCAGAGUUCGCUCGGCAUCAGGACAGCGGCACGGGGCAGAAGGCUGGUGAGAGCCGCUUAGGUAGCUCCCGCCAGGCCAGCGGCCGCUCUCGUAGCGACCUGCCGGUACCUAGGGUGGACGUGACGGUCGCCGACCGGCCACGGGCUGAGGCAGGGAAGAGAUCCCCCCGGCCGCUAGCACCAGCCUCGGCAGGUGCCAGCAGCUCGACGCGCCACGAGCCCACGCACCGGCCCAGCCGCGACAGCGAGCGAUGCCGCUCUCCUGACCGACGCUCCCACAAGGACUGGUCAACCGGUCGGGUAGGGAGAGCGGCAGUAGCUCGUCUGACGUGCAGGACUGGCGUCGCUGUGCUCAGUCCAGCCGCUCGCCCCAGGCGAGCAGUGCGACCAGGCCUGCAGCUUGGUCCCCACCGCGGGUUGGGGAUCCCCUGCUGCCCUCCAAGCCUACCGGUCCGGCCGGUGGGCAUGGAGGGAGUGUCAGGUCUUCCUCUCCAGUGCCUUCAACCUCAUCGGGCUAUACCGGGAGGGGCGAGACACCUAGGAGCGAUCACGAGGAGCGCGCUUCUCGUGAUCCCGUCACGUUGUCGUACACACCUGGCUCGGUCCUAG